GCAUCUCGCUUUCCUACGGUGGGAAAGAUCGUCGCUUUCUCCUCUCUCUGGUUCGAGGGAGGGAAAAAGGGAAAAUCUUGGGCUGCUUUCUUUCCUCCUGAUCCGUUUCCAUAUUCGGUUGGUGGGAGAGGCGCUGGCAGAAGCUUCGUUUUUGUGUCCCGCAGAACUAGUCGACCAAUCAGGGAGAAAGCGCUAAAGGGGUUUUAUCGAGUUUUCUAUAUCUAUCCCUUUAGGAGAGGUGAAUCCCUAAGGAGAGAGUCCGUGAGGCAGGCGCUCGUGGUUUCGGCCGAUUUAGGUGCUUGUCGACGCCAUUGAAGUGUCGCUUCGCGUGGCUGUUGUGAGCACGACAUCAUGAUUUCCGCAGUGAGACAAACGGCGACGCCGUUCACUUCCACUUCCGAUCUUCUUCCGCAUAAAACUCAGAGCAGGAAGUUGAAAUUUUCUCCGUUAUCCUCUGUUUCGUGGAAGAAAAACACCUUCACACCUGGAUUUCUUGCCUUGAAGCCACUGCACAUCUCGUCAUUCGCACCUUUCCAAUCCGCCUCGAGAUUGAGAAGCCGUCGACUUGAGAUCGUUUCGGAAGCAUAUGAAGCCGAUCGAUCAGAACCUCUGGGGGAUGCUGGCUCAGAGAACGUCGAGAUACCGGCUGAGACGAAGUCGGAAGCUGCCCAGAAGGUGAAGAUCGGUAUCUAUUUUGCUACGUGGUGGGCUCUGAACGUUGUGUUCAACAUCUACAACAAGAAGGUGCUCAACGCCUUCCCUUAUCCAUGGCUGACCUCGACUCUCUCUCUUGCCACUGGUUCUUUAAUGAUGCUUGUCUCCUGGGCUACGAGGAUCGCUGAACCACCGAAGACUGAUUUCAAUUUCUGGAAGGUUCUUGCUCCGGUAGCUGUUGCACAUACGAUUGGACAUGUGGCCGCGACAGUGAGUAUGUCAAAGGUAGCGGUUUCCUUUACGCACAUCAUCAAGAGCGGUGAACCAGCUUUCAGUGUGCUGGUUUCCAGGUUGGUAUUGGGGGAGACGUUUCCUCUGCCUGUCUACCUGUCACUGCUCCCGAUUAUCGGUGGUUGUGCUUUGGCUGCCGUCACGGAGCUUAACUUCAAUAUGACUGGGUUUAUGGGUGCAAUGAUCUCGAACCUGGCAUUCGUGUUUAGAAACAUAUUCUCCAAGAGAGGAAUGAAGGGGACGUCAGUGAGCGGAAUGAACUACUAUGCAUGUUUGUCCAUGCUUUCUCUGCUGAUUCUUACGCCAUUUGCUCUGGCUGUGGAGGGUCCGAAGAUGUGGGCAGCUGGUUGGGAGACUGCUCUCCGUCAAAUUGGUCCACACUUCGUCUGGUGGGUUGCAGCUCAAAGUGUAUUCUACCACUUGUACAACCAAGUCUCAUACAUGUCGUUGGAUGAGAUAUCGCCCUUGACAUUCAGCAUCGGUAACACGAUGAAGAGGAUCUCAGUCAUCGUCUCAUCCAUCAUCAUUUUCCACACGCCCGUGCAGCCCAUCAACGCCCUUGGUGCUGCCAUUGCCAUUUUUGGAACCUUCCUGUACUCACAGGCAAAGCAGUAAAGGAUGCGGCUUCCCACCUUUUGCGUGUGCAUUUGAUAGGCAGAAGCGAGUUGCUGGUUCUCGAAGUAGUCCCUGUUGAGAGGCGGACAUCUGGUUUUGUUUGGCUGGGUUGGUUCAGCAACCUUUAGUUGAUUAAAGUUUUCACAUAUGUUAUUGGUCUUUUCUUGCAUAUUGUAGGCAACGGGGAUGGGAUCUUUUUUAAGGGGAUUCAGGGCUUUAGUGGAUGAUGUACAAGCAUGUGAAAACAUUUGGAAUAAUGUCUCAAGUCUGGUCUCAUUAAAAGGUGAAUUGCUCUAAUAAAACUUUAAUCCC